AUGCUGUCCUACUUAUUCGGCUGUUUCACGUACAGGAAGAAAGAAGAGCAAAAAUGGAAGGAGAUUGAGGAAGCAGCAGAACACCUUGACCAAAUGCCAUCAUGGGAUUCUGCCGACAACACCCUCAUGAUGCAAGCCUUCGAAUGGCACGUCCCCGAUGACCAAGCCCACUGGCGCCGUCUGAACAGCCUUUUACCAAGUCUAAAGGAAAUCGGAGUAGAUAAUAUUUGGAUUCCUCCAGGAUGUAAAGCCAUGAGUCCGUCUGGUAAUGGCUACGACAUUUACGAUUUGUAUGAUUUGGGAGAAUUUGACCAGAAGGGGUCAAGGGCGACGAAAUGGGGGACUAAGGAGGAGCUUCUGGAUCUGUUAUGGCUGGCUCAGGAUUUGGGGGUUGGGGUUUAUUGGGAUGCUGUGCUGAAUCACAAGGCUGCUGCGGAUUAUACGGAGCGGUUCCCUGCGGUUAAAGUUGAUCCUAAGGAACGAAACACCGACAUUUCACAACCAGAAGAAGUCGAAGGCUGGGUCGGCUUCAACUUCUCCGGCCGUGGCGAAACAUACAGCUCCAUGAAAUACCACUGGUACCAUUUUAGCGGCAUCGACUGGGACGACUCCCGAAAAACAAACGCGAUCUACAAAAUUGUCGGUCCGGAUAAAGGUUGGGCACAAGAUGUCAGUUCCGAGAACGGCAAUUACGACUUUCUAAUGUUUGGCGACCUGGACUAUUCCAACGCAGAAGUCCGCGAUGAUGUCCUCAGAUGGGGUGAGUGGAUCGGGACAGAACUUCCUCUCAAUGGUAUGAGGUUGGAUGCUGUUAAGCAUUAUUCGGCUGCUUUUCAGAGGGAGUUUAUCGAUCAUAUUCGGAGUACCGUUGGGCCCGAGUGGUUUAUUAUUGGGGAGUAUUGGAAAGGUGAGGUGGAUGUUCUUCUUAAAUAUCUGGAGGAGAUGAGAUAUCGACUUUCGCUGUUCGAUGCGCCGCUGGUUGGCCGGUUUUCGAGCAUUUCGCAUACGAAGGGAGGCGAUUUACGGUCAAUAUUCGACGGUACUCUUGUGCAAAGCAAACCGGAUCAUGCAGUAACCUUCGUCACGAAUCACGACACACAACCAGGGCAAUCUUUAGAGGCCCCAGUAGCUUCGUUCUUCAAACCCCUCGCCUACGCUCUAAUCCUCCUCCGAAGUCAAGGCCAACCAUGUAUCUUCUACGGCGACCUCUACGGCAUGAAAGAACAUGUCGAAAGCCCCCUAACCCCCGCCUGCAACGGCAAGCUUCCCAUCCUCACCAAAGCCCGCAAACUCUACGCCUACGGCGAACAACACGACUAUUUUGACAGUCAGAACUGCAUAGGCUUCGUCCGAUACGGCAACCUCCACCACCAAUCCGGCCUUGCCUGCGUAAUGAGCAACACCGAAGCUUUCGAGAAACGCAUGUACGUUGGACGAAACCACGCCGGCGAGGUGUGGUCUGAUAUUCUGGAGUGGUUCCCGGGAACUGUGACUAUUGAUAGGCAUGGAUAUGGGAAUUUUCCGGUCGCUGGGAUGAGCGUUAGUGUGUGGGUUGAUGGGAAGGCGGAGGGGAGGGAGGGAUUAGAUGCGUCUUUGUAUGUUGCUUUUCCCCAUAUACCGCGUGAUAUUGGGUAG